AUGCAAUAUGAUUUGCUAGUUCAUCUGGUACCAUUCGUUCUGCUGUUAUGGAGCUCAAGUACUACAACAGCAGCAUCGGGAGCUGAAACACCAAUGGCAAAGCAUAAUUGCGCAACACAUUGCGGAAAUAUUAGCAUCCCAUUCCCUUUCGGCAUUGGACCUCAUAAAGAUUGCUACUUUGACGAAUGGUUCGAAAUGGUGUGCAACCAGUCUUCUAGUGAGAGUCCUCACAAGCUUUACUUGAGGCGUGCCCAGUUGGAAGUGCUGAACGUUUAUGCUAAUGGCACGCUUCAAGUUAACAACCCCAUUGCUUUCUUCUGCGGCGAAUACAGAGGUCAGCAACCUGCGAAUUUGAGUGGAAGCCCUUUUGUAUACUCUGGGAAACACAACAAAUUCACAGCAGUGAGUUGUGGCUACCUUGCCUCGGUGAGCUCAGAAAAGUACUCAGAGAAGUAUCUUGUUGGAGGAUGCAGGUCAAUUUGUGAAGGGACUAGCAUAAGCCCUGAAGAUUGUGAAAUCGGUGUCAACUGUUGCCAGACUAGCAUCCCACCGCAUCUCAGUUUCAUCAGUACUGAUACAGAAGAUGAUAGCAGAGCAAGGGCAUGCAAGGAUAUAUAUGCAUUUUUUGGUUGA